GAGCAAUCCCAUUGUAAAAAAUAUGCUGUUAACUUAAGAACCUUAUUUUUUUAUAUAUAUUUUACUUGAUCACAGUUUUGUGGUGAACCUACCAAAUUAAUACCUCAACUCAAAAAUCUGGCCGAACGAUAUUUGAUUUUUUCAUAAUUUACCCGCAUCUAAUUCGCGAUUUUGAUUUUCCAGUUCUCAACGACUUCGACGGAGAGAUUGGCACAGAGUAUUAAUUUGUAUUUUUAAAAACUAAAAAUCUGUUUCAUAAGGUCGCUACAGAUUUUUUUCCUACUGUUGAUCGCCCGUAGGGGAUGUUCAGAGCAUACGGAAUUGUAUCGCAGAUUCAAGCCGAAGCCAUCCUUACAUACCUGCAACAGAUAGAAGGGAAAUACUAAUUCCGAUGCAUUAAAAAUCACCGAAGUCGAAAAAAUACACCAGAAACAAAAUCUCUAUUCCCCAAGACCAAGACCUCCGCUGGAAUGGUAUUGAAAUUUGGAAUUUUAACUAGUGAUUUUGGACAUUUUUCAGGUCUGCCCAUGCAUUUAAUUAAUAACAGUUCGCAGCGUAUCAAUUAAAUCAAUAUGAUAAUGCCGAGAUGUGGAUUUAAGGAGACGGAAGUUGAAUCAGCGAGUGAAAGAUUUUAAAUCAUUGGAAAUUUCCUGGGAGAAGAUUAACAACGUCGGUAAAAAAGAUGUGAAAACAUACAGCUUUACUUUAUUUUAUGUUAGAUUUUAAGAAGGGAUUUCGACAAACAUUUAUAUCUCCGAUCGUUUGAUUAAUUGCAUGAACCGCGAACCCCACGGUGUUUUUAUUUUACGUUGUACAGAGAGGAUAUAAUAAUUCGAUAGAUCGUCCAAAGCAUGAUUAAAAAGAAGUCAAAGAGUCAAGUUGCCAUGGUUUAUAAAGUUUAAUAAAGGGCAACGAAAUAACUAACACGAUUUUUGCACCUUAAUUUGAAUUAAAUUUCGAUCACUAUAAUUUCAAAAAAAAGUUUAUUUUAAAAAUAAAACCAUAUAUAUGUACUCUAAAAGUUGUGAUCCCGUCACUUACUAUGUAGGAAUUUUCCGUUUUUAUUUCUAUCAUUUAAUCUCAACCUGCGAAACUUCCUUGUGGGCUACUUGAGUUUAUACCAAAUUUAUUUUUAAUUCAAAAUGCAUGGACUACUGCAGAUUUUACCUCUUCUCUUGCUUUUCAACAGUCGUGUAACAUCAGGUGAUUUGAUCGCCAUAAAAAAAGGGAACGAUGUUGUAGCAUGCUUGACAAACAAUUACGCGUCCGCGGUGGCGUUUGUAAAAAAACCAGACGACAGCAAAGAUUUCACUCAAGUUGAUUACUUGGAUGGCAAAGGAGGACCAGUUCCGCUUCAUAAAUAUGACUGUGAUUUGGUCACAGGUAACUGCAGCCACUGGAAUUGGAAUAAACGAAACAGUCAAGGAUGGAGUUUAUCUCGCGAAGUAGGUGACCCGAUCACAGACUUCCGCUGGAAUGAUUUUCCUACGUACUUCUCCAACAGAUCAUCGCAAUACCAAACGUACAAAAUAGGACAAAACGCCCCUUUUCAUUUUUCGAUUCUGGAGAAAAAAAAUGAUCAGGGGGGAAACAAAUGGACUUCACACACAGUUGAAACUGUUGUCAGUAAAAAUUUUACUUUUAAUUUGGAAAGCGAAGCUCAACAGCACAUCAUGCACUUUAAAAGGUCUGCGUGCAAUGAUCAACAUUGUAAAUUAACGCUCAUAUCAAAUGGACCAGGAAUCUUCAAAAUCCACGAAUUUAAUCAAUUAAUUCCUAACUCUGGUUAUUCUUACAUGGAGCUGGAAUUGCCCAAAGGCGCAGAGGGGUUUUGCGUCGACGUUGUUUUCUUCUGCAGCAACGUCAAUAUUAGGGCAUUUGAUUUGGCGAUCACGCAAGGAACAAAACUUUUACAAAAUUUUGCCCAGCUUGCCGACCGUGCCAUUGGCGGGAAAUGGGUAACGAGGAGGUUUGAAAACAAGACGCUGAAUGUUGACGGAAAAUGGAAAGUCAGGCUGACUGCAGGCACGGAUAGAAUCAAAAUUGGAGGAAUCAAAUUCUGUGCGGGAGGUGAUUUCAUCGUAAAACCAAAGGGGAAGAAUAUGGAAAGCUGCCAUUUGUUGGCGGCGAAUGAUUCUAUGUCAACCACGAUGAAAAGAGUGAGAGAAGUCGCUAACGACAAGACAAUUUGUGGUGCACUUGGAGAGGAUUGUUCAGAAUUGUCAGCUUGCCGAGAAAGUGGAGAGUGCAUUGUCUUCACUGGUUUAACACGAAAAAAACAUGCAAAGUCAACCAGUUUAACACAAAUAACGUCCAGAAAAACUACGACAGUAAUGAUUGCUACCGAAACUUCCUCAACAACCAAGCUCAGGGACUUUCAGGGUACCAAAGACAGUCCAGAAUCCUCAGUGAGCCAGAAAACCAAUAAAGUCGGAAUUUCAGACGAACUCCACCAUAUUUAUCUGAUAAUCUGUAACAUGGUCAGUUUCACAAUGUUCCUGAUGAUCAUGUGUCUUUUCCUGAGAAUGAAAACGGUGGAGAAUUCGAUCAAGAAAUUUAAAAGAGAGCUACAGAACAUACCCGAUUCUGCCAAUCUCGAAUUAAACGCUGUGACUUCCGAACCUGACGAUCAUAUUUAUGAUGAUGUUGGACCCUAUUAA